GUACUCAGCUCGACACGUUGGCAUCAUGCGUGAGUAUAAGCUAGUCGUUCUUGGCUCAGGAGGCGUCGGAAAGUCUGCUCUGACUGUACAGUUUGUUCAAGGAAUUUUUGUUGAAAAAUAUGAUCCUACGAUAGAAGAUUCUUAUAGAAAGCAAGUUGAAGUAGAUGCACAGCAGUGUAUGCUUGAAAUUUUGGACACCGCGGGAACGGAGCAAUUUACAGCAAUGAGAGAUUUGUACAUGAAAAACGGACAAGGCUUUGCUUUAGUUUAUUCCAUCACAGCACAGUCCACGUUUAAUGAUUUACAAGAUCUGAGAGAGCAGAUUCUUCGAGUUAAAGACACUGAUGAUGUUCCAAUGAUUCUGGUGGGUAAUAAAUGUGACUUGGAAGAUGAAAGAGUUGUAGGAAAGGAACAAGGUCAGAAUCUAGCAAGACAGUGGAACAACUGUGCAUUCUUAGAAUCUUCUGCAAAAUCAAAAAUUAACGUUAACGAGAUCUUUUAUGACCUAGUGCGGCAAAUUAACAGAAAAACUCCAGUGCCUGGGAAGGCCCGCAAAAAGUCAUCGUGUCAGCUGCUUUAAUUACUGAACGCGUUGUAGCUCUGAGCCAGGUCUGAAGAACUGUUGCCCAAUUCAGCAGUGCCAGCAUUCCAACUUUGUUAACCCUACCAACAUCUUCAGUGGACUUUCCUGUGGUGGUACCGUCAGAGGCGGAUGGAAGCUACUCUGUCAGUUUGCACAUUAAUCACUUUCCAGUAUCACAAGAGAGAUUUUUACUUAUAUAAUAGUCCUAGAGUAUGCAGCUGGUGAAACCAGAGGCUACAUCCAGUAUUACUGCUAAGAGACAUUUCUUCAUCCACCAAUGUUGUACAUGUAUGAAAAUGGUGUACUGUAUACUUUAACACACCCCAUACUUUGUAUUGGAGAGUACAAUAAUGUAAAUCCUAAAAGCACCACUAUUUUAGCAUAAUAAAAGAAAGUCCAAAGAGCUCCUAUAUAGACUACUCCAGAUAACUUCGCUUCUUUGAUACUUGUAGCUUAUUGUAAUUUUCUUUUAAAAAAAAAAAUCAAGGUCAUUAUCAUUGUAUUGUACAAAAUAACUGCUUUGAUUAACACAGCUACGUAGUUUUUUAAUUUUUCAAAAACCUGUGGAGACAGUGAUCUUGUCUUUAAAAUACAAUAGUCCUUUCAGUAUAAUGUCUUAGAUUAAAGACGUUGCCUUUAAUAUCUUUUGGGAAGGAAAUGUCCAGACUUUUCAAAUUUCCUUAUUAUAUGUUUCCUUUUUUGUUUACAUAGGGAACAAUGUUUAUAAUUGUGUGUACAGUGGGGGUCUACAACAAGAAGUGUAUAUUUUCAAACAAUUUUUUAAUGAUUUAACAGUUUUUGUAAAUCAUUUUCAGGCUUCUGCAGCUGUAGAUUCUCACUGUGAAUCCCUUGCUUGCUCAUGCAUAAGUGUAUUUGCAAUACCAAAUAUACAGGUUUAGUAUUUCUGCCUGUUAGUGAUUGUUUCACAUGUGUAACGUUUUGGUUGAGCUGUUAAAUGGUGGACGCGUACUGUGGAUGUGAAUGUGGGAAGUAAUUUUAAUCAUGUGUAACUGGUCACAAGGCCUCACUUGCAGUCAUAUCGCUGUUGUAUUUAACAAUGCCUUGUUGCUUGGUAUGCACUAACGUUUGGGUGUAAAGAUUGUGUGUCUAUCCAACAGGGAGCCACAGUGUUUAAAUUGACCGACCUAAUGUUACAGCUACUUCGAGGUGGCCAAAUGUAAACUAAAAGCCUUAAUUAAAGUGGUGCAAUUUUGUAUAACUUAGCAUCAGUAGUUCAAUAAAUCUGGAUUGCCAUGCAAGGGCUUGCAUUAUAAUUACUUGCCACUUGAAUGUGUUUUGUGUAAUGUUUUAACAGUGCUAGUAAAUAAAUAUGGGUUUACCUUCUUUUUAAAUGUAAUAGAUGUUAUUUUACACAGUGUGGUUUUAUAAUUUAACAUGAGUAAACCAGACUCAUUAAUUAAUUAAUUAAUUGCAGAAAUGAUGAGUGAAAUAUAUAAGGGUUUUUUUUUCCUAUUUCAUUAUCCACUUACGUUUUGAACUUUUCCCUAAGAAAGAAAUUUUAUAAAUCAAGCAAUGUUACUUAUGAACAGAUGUUCAGUAGCUUUUCGGGAUAAAGUAGGAAGAAUUGAAAAUACUUUGGUGGAUGCUACACUAUGAAUUUUUUUAAUGUAGAAUGAAACUGUACCUAGAAUAUUACAGUUAUAAAAAUCUUUGAAUGA